AUGAAUUCGACUUCAAAAAUGCCAAGCUGUUCGUCAGCAAAUGAAGACUGUGAUGUGCAACUGAAUGAUGAGAUCAACAGCAGCACCAGUCGCUACCUUGUGCAGGAUUUCAUCGGCAAAGGAGCCUUUGGCAAAGUUGCCAAAUCAGUGAAUUUAACCACUGCUAAGGCCGUCGCCUUAAAGAUCGUUGUAGCAAAGGACAAAAGAGCUUCAAAAAGAGAGGUAGAGAUCCUUCAAGUCUGUUUGAGAAUUAUGCCUUUGACUUUUGAUUUGAUUUUAUUUAUUUUAUUUUUUUGUGUGCAGCUGUACUGAUGAAACUUUUCUUUGUCACAGAUCAAGAUGCUCCAAACCAUCAGGGCUCUUGACCCGGCUGGCUCAAAUGUUGUUGAGUUUUUUGAAGCGUUCGAGCACAAAGGUCUAACUUGUCUGGCUUUUGAAAUGCUGGACAGAGACCUGUUCCAGCUUUUGAUGGAGAGGCAGGAAAGGCCUUUGUCGCUCAAUGAGAUCAGGCCGAUUGCACAGCAGGUACAGAAAUUGUGUCCAGUUGAUCAAUGAAGUAAAACACAACUGUAAAGACGAAAUAAAACCAUACAGCACAUUUCCUCUGAUCUGUAAACUCCUGCACACUUGUUCGCUGUAACCCUCCUCAUUUUUCACUCUUUCUUCCUGCAGCUUCUCACAGCCUUCGAAGCCCUGAAAGGAAUUGGCGUCAUUUAUGCAGACCUGAAGCCCGAUAACAUCAUGCUUGUCAACCAUGAGACGCAACCUUUCAGGGUCAAACUUAUAGAUUUUGGCCUCUCACUUCAGACUAGUGAAGUGAGAACUGGUUUACUCACACAGGCUAUCGGGUACAGGUAAGUGCAACCAUCGAAGCUCACCCUCUUGGUGAUGUUUCAGCUGAUCAUCCAGAGGUUAAAAUUACACAUGCAUGUGUGACAAAGCUUGAACUAACUGGUGCUUUGCAAACAGGGCCCCAGAAGUGAUCUUGGGCCUCCCUUUUACCGAAGCCAUCGACAUGUGGGGACUCGGCUGUGUGCUGUCACUGCUGUUCCUCUCAUGUCACCUUUUUGGGAUUCACUGUGAAUACCAGCAGGUAAGUUACUCCUUCCUUUGUUAUUUGAUCACUCCAGAACUAGUCCAAACUCAACCAGAGACCUGAUGUAGAGUGGUUCUUUGUGUUUGGUCCUAGAUGAGGAACAUCGUAGAUGUCCUUGGUCAGCCAGAUGACCGUCUCCUUGAUGCCGGGAUCUUCACCAAAAAAUUCUUCAGCGUAAACCGGCACUUGGACAGAAAGUGGUGGCUAAAGGUAUUUCUACUCUGUUCCCAAGCUGUUCAACCUGUUUUAGCUGUAACCUAUCCAGAUUUCAUCUUCAAUUUAUUGAUUUCAGGACAAAGUGUCUGACACUGUAUGUUUUAUUCUUGUAGUCUCCGAUGGAGUACAAGAAGGCAACUGGGGUGGAGCCCAAAAAGUGUGAGAGGGCUCUAAAUAAGCUGGAUGACAUUGUGACAGUAAGUGGGACAUUUGAGUGGAGUGGAAAGAACAAAUACCAAAUCACUUCAGAGACAGGAGCAAGUAAGGUGAACUUUCCUUUAAUUUUGUGUCAAUGCAGCUCGUUCCAGACAUAGAGGAGUGUAUCGAGCUGGAGGACCGAAAAGCUUUUGUGAGCCUCCUGAGUGGUCUUCUUCACACCGACCAAAACCAGAGGAUCACUCCUGAAAAGGCCCUGAAACACCCGUUCAUAACGAUGGUGCAUUUAGAAGAAGAGGCCGACUCCAGCAUGUAGUAAGUGACAGUCUUCUGGUUGCAGAGAUGUUUGCCUUGAUGAUUUGAAAACUAAUCAUGAUCUAAUUUUCAUUUUUCACUUAGUGUGGAAGAGUCACAUUAUAAAAUGACUCUUGGCCAGAGUGAAGGCUUAAAUGAGGAUCUGAAAUUUGAUCCAGAGCCAGAAGAGCCCCCCACAACUGACAACACUUCAGCCAGUCUUCAUCCUGGACCUGUAGAGCCAGCCCCACCAGGUUUCUGUGCUGAAUGUCCUCCAUCAUUUCAUAAAUCUGCUGUGGACCACCAUGUAGUAGAGGUCAACCUGAAGGAGACAGAACAGCCUACCAAAGAAGCAGCAGCUUCAGACGUGAGAAAAAGCCCUCUGAAGAGGAUGAGGAAGUUCUUCAGCAGGGUCAUAAGGACGGUGUUUAGGACCAGGAGGAUGUCCUAA